CCCAGCAACAAAAGGAAAAAGGAAAAGCAAAGAGGGAAAUUUUGGGGAGCCCUCUUCAUUGAUCAAGCUAAUUGGAACUCCUAAUUUUGCAAAAACCCUAACGAGAGCUGAUCCAAUGGAGGAGGAACUAGUAGACGAAGGACUUCGUAGCCGGCGUAGGUUAGUCCAGGCGACGCUGUUUCCGAACAGUGGGAAGCAAAUUCCAGUUAAAGGAGGAGCUGAAGAAGAAGAAGAGGAUGAGGAGGAAGAGUGGUGUGAGAGCCAAGAAAAUGGCAAUAAGACGAAAGGAAAGCAGAAGAAGAAGAAGAGAAAUUCCAAGACAACAACACCGCAAAGUCACUCGCGAGCUUCUAAGAAGGUUGCUCUAAGUGGUAAAGAAACUUCAAGCAAGGAAAUUCCUGAUGGAGAUUCUCCAGUUACUAUCAAAACGGAUUUCUUUCUAAAGAUUUCAGAGAGAAAGAAUCAGAAGAGACAGAGACAUGAGCAGCUAAACAUUGGAUCACCUGAAAAACUCCUAAAAUCUUGCUCACCUCCUGCAAAUAAGAAGACUCCUCGGUCGAAGAAGAAGCUUGCUAGCUCAACACCAAAGAAAUGCCAAUUGGAUGUCACGGGAAGAGAAGAAGUGCUGAUCAGUGGAUCAAUGGAAACAUGUUUGGUUCCACGUAACCUUAUGCAAGAUGAAUCAAUGUUACACUCGAUGCCUGAUCUCCGAAUGGAGGCUAGAAAGACAGCUGAGGAGGAUUCCCGCAGAUAUGCAGGAAAACAAAUACAUCCUUUUUUUCAAUCCUGCAAAAUGGGUAAGAAAAGCCAAGAAGUUAUUGAUGUGGAGAGUAACUGGUACUCUUCUGAGGAGGGGAAAAGCCUUUCUUUCAGCCCUAUUCAUGUAUUUGAAAUAGUUACGGAGGAUGAAACUGCCUUUGAUUGGGGUCACUGGAUCUUUUCUGAAGCUUCUUUUCUCGAUAAUGAUGUUGUGCUAGAAUGUGGAAGCUCUUCAUUCUCUGAAGGUUCCUUCACCUUGCUGCAAUUUGAUAACUUUUCUUGCAUCUCUUAUCCGAAGAAAACAUUGUCACAGCAAAACAAGAUUGAAUUGAAUCAGCCUACUAUUUCACAAGAUGAAGUGGUUUCUGAUCAUUCUUCUAGAGAAACAAAAUUAUAUCCUGCAGCAUUAUCCGUAGUUGCUGAGGAACAAGUCAGCCACUGUGAGCAGCUAAAGAAGGCAGAAGUUGCAAAUGUAGUGGACACAGUUGACUCCCCCCAAAAUAACCUCAGUUCAGAUGCCAAGAAGCAAGGUAGAUUUUUUCAAGAAAGGAUAGUAUCUGACUACCAGAUCAGUCCCACUCGGCCCAAAAGUUGUCUAUGGACAAACAAAUAUCAGCCUGAGAGAGCUUUUCAGGUAUGUGGUAAUAGCGAGCCAGUGAAACUUUUAAGUGAUUGGCUGCAUCUUUGGCAUGAAAAAGCUUCUCGCACAAGCAAACCAUGCAUUCUUAGUGAUAGAGUUACUCAAGACUCCUUUGACAGCCUGUAUGAAAGUGAAGCCGACUCUACAAAUGAAGAACAGCUGAAGAAUGUCCUCUUGGUAUCUGGACCAGUUGGGAGUGGGAAGUCGGCUGCAAUUUAUGCCUGUGCUAAAGAACAGGGAUUUCAAGUUAUUGAGGUCAAUUCUUCAGAUUGGCGAAACGGUGCUCUUGUAAAACAGAAAUUUGGGGAGGCUGUAGAAUCCCACUGGCUUCAAAGGAUUCAAAAAGAUCCAGCGUAUGUGGAGGACAAACUAGUGUCUGGUGGUGGAGUUAUUGAAGUGAUACCUUUGUCUGAUGAGGAAAAUGCUCCAACUGCCUGUGGAGUGCAAAGGAAACAAGUCUGGAGGGAGGAGAUAACCCCUAAUCAUCAGGGUGAAACUAAGACUCUAAUCCUUUUUGAGGACGUGGAUACCGCUCUCUGUGAAGACCGUGGUUUUGUCUCUACCAUUCAACAACUUGCGGAGACCGCAAAGCGGCCCAUGAUAUUAACUAGCAAUAGUGACAAUCCGGUGCUCCCAAACAAUUUAGAUAGGCUACAGGUGUGCUUUGCGCUGCCAUCUUUGAAGGAGCUCCUUGAACUUGCACACAUGGUUUGUGCUAGAGAACAAGUUAAAAUUCACCCAAUGCUGGUAGAGGGGUUUGUCAAUUAUUGCCAUGGAGAUAUUCGUAAAACUAUUAUGUAUCUCCAGUUUUGGUGUCAAGGCCAAACUUUGAAGAAAGAUAAUGACCUGCAGCUAAGAUAUAGUCCUCUUCAGUUUGAUCUAGAAGCUGGUCAUCUGCUACUACCGAAAAUUAUCCCUUGGGAUUUCGCUUCUCCGCUAUCGGAACUUGUGGAUGAAGAGAUAACUAAGUCGAUGAGGGUAGAUGAAGAAAGAUACUGUACAAAUGAGGAAGCAGAAGAAGUCGAGCUAAACAAUAUUACAGAAGAGAACAAUUCUAGGGAUCUUGAUAUGGGUGCUAACAAUGUUGAUGGAAAAAAGGACGCAAUGUUGACCUUGCUCUACUCAUUUCAGGAUCAUAACGAAUGUACUUUGUUUGGUACUAACUCAGAAUUUUCUGAUGCCUCUGAAUCACCGAUUGCAUUCACUCGAAGAAAUACACUGAGAAAACUUGAUAGAGUUAUGUCUUCAGAUUCAGAAGAAGAAUGCAGCAGAGUUCCCGUAUCGUUAGAUCAACCUGAGAUCGGAAAUGAAGAGAUUGAAACAGCAUGCAGUUCACCCUCCCAUUUUUCAGCCACUGAAAUCUCCUGCAGUUUACCAACAGAGAAUUUUCAUUUCAAAGCAAAGAGGUUGAAAAGAAAUUAUUUGGAGACAGCUGAUUAUUCUACUGUGAAUGUUGUAAGCAAGUCAGUGAAUGUUUCCUGUGUGCCAGAGUCAUCAUUCAUCCCUGAGACUCAGCUUACUAUUGAUUCAGAAUUAAUUUCAAGUACAGAGUCAUAUAAUGAUGUUGAUGUCAAAGUUGAGGCAAAUUAUUGUAGCAAUCUGUCCCUUCCAAGUAUGUAUUCUCUCAAGGUUGAGAAACUUGAUGAAAAUAUUCUUUUAUCUUCUGAGUAUCAGGAAUUGCAGGGUUGUAGUUCUGAUAGAAUAACGAAAUCAAUUCCUGGAGAGGUCGUGGAGCAUUUUAAUGGACAAUGCAUGGAGGAUGUUCCAAGUGGAUAUCGGGUGUUGGAUGAGUGUAGCCGCAUGGACUUCAUUAAAAGUUCUACAUCCUUUAAGACUACUGUGGAGUUUAACCUGAAUACUUCUGUACAAGAUACUUGGAAGAGACUUCGUGAAGGUUACCUGGAUCUGAGACAGUAUAUUACCCCAGAGCAGAAAGAAGCUUCUCAAAUUCUCAAUGUUGCUCAUGAAAUGAGUGAUUUAAUUUCAGUGGCUGAUUUAUUACUUGCUGACUGCAAACACCUCCUCUACGAUUCGUUGGAGCCUUCAAUGAUCCCUAUCGAAGAAUCACAUUCGUAUAACUGGCAUGAUGACCAGUUGCAGAUGUCAUCAAUUUUUGCUCAACACGGAGUUUGCCUUUUUGCUAAAGAAAUUGCUUCUCUCGGACCGAACACUGCAUCUGUAUAUGAGGUGGAUUUGGCCUGGGAGAUGUUGACAUCCACAAACAGUACAAUGGCUCUGGGAAAGAUGGUUGGACAGAGUAGGAGAAAACAUGAGGGUUUGCAUUUAAGGCUACCGAGAACCUGUCAUUCCUUCAGAAGCAAAGCGGAUCUGAAUGCAUACAACUUACUUCAAUCUGUUGUUCCCUUGCGCUCACACAUUGCACUGAAAGGUGAUUCAUUUCACGAAUAUCUGUCUUCAUUGAGCCAAAUUUCUAGAUUUGGAACCACCCGGUUAUCGGAAAGCAUCGGCAGGAGAAAACAGAGAAGGGCACGAGCUGCUCAACACUACCUGAGUUCUGGUAGAUUAGCAUUGUCUCAAGAUGACGUCUCAUUACUUGGUCAAUAUAAUUGUUACCAGAAAGUUUCACCAGGGUCUGGGACUUAAUGUACAUAUAAUUUAGUGGAGAUGGCUUC